AUGGUUGGUGGCUCGCCGCUGGAAGCUCGUUGGCCGAAGGAAUUCUCUGAGGGAGGUGGGUUUGCUGCUCAAUCGAGGGGAUAUGAGCCUCUGUUCGAUGACCCGAUCUCCGGCAUUGACCCAAGUCCGCAGGAGUUCCAGCCUCUGUUCAAGGACUACCAAACUCGAGAACAUCUCAAAAACAACAACAAUCUGUUCUGCAAAAUCUCCUGUGAGUUCCGACGAUCUCAUGUCAGAAACAACAGCUAUGUUCUAGACCUCGACAUUGUUUGUGCCUCUGAUUCUUCGGAGGAGGUACUUGGUGGAUUCCGCGUUGUGGCCAUGCUGGAUGAGGUUGUUGGCGACUGGGACCACGACGGCGGCUAG